UAGUGUGGCGCGUUGAAGUCUAAUGUACUGUGAUCAUGUGCUCCAGAGUGUGUUUUGUGUUUCUCGCGUUAGUAGGGACGGUGAUAUGUUGCAACUUCUACCCUGUCGGGGAGUACCUGAAGUUCGUCAGGAUACCAGAGAACUUGGAUGUAGGGGAAGAGGUCUUGCAAGUUGAAGUCCAUCCAAGAAAGAACCUGGUCCUGCAGCCGGUGGACAGGGAGGAAGACGCGCAUCUGUUCACUUACCGCGACGUGAACCGCACACACGUGUCAGUGGUGCUGGCGCAGAGCGUGGACGGCUUGGUGGACAGCGACUCGCCCCAGAACGUGGUCAAGUUCCGGCUGGGUUGCGACUUCGACACCGGCGACGAUCUGAUAUCGGCAUUCCUAUCAGUGACAGUGUACAUAGAAGACAUCAAUGACAACGUGCCAAAGUUCCAGGAUACGCCGUAUCGAGUCACCGUGGACGAACUCACGCCAACAGGUCUCACAAUCUUCAAAGGCAUCCGAGCUUUCGACCGGGAUAAGCCCAACACGCCAAACUCGGACGUUCACUACAGCAUUACGGCGGGGGAUGAAGACGGCCGCUUUGCUCUCGAGAGCUCCCACAAGCCAGCUCUCAUCCUCAACAAGCCACUGGACUUCGAUAGCGGGGACAAGGAGUUCCUUCUUGUUAUAACUGCUUCGGACCGUGGAUCGCCCCCUCGUAGCUCCAACACUACAGUACAUAUUUUGGUCCAAGACAAUGACGACCUGCCACCCAAAUUUACUCUUGAUGUCUACCGAACUAAGAUAUCGGAGUUUUACCCUAUACUGGGCAAAAGGAUUCACAAGGAAUUGUCGUUCGAGCAGCCAAUACGGGCAUUCGACCAGGACGCAGGAGUCGCCGCGCCAGUACGAUACGAACUGAUCUCUGGCAAUGAUCGUCGUUUAUUUCUGCUGAGUGCUCUUAAUGGGAGCUUGUUUCUGGAGAAAGAAGUGGACCUGGAUGCUGAGCCUCCCUUGCCCGGGAACACUUUUGUGUUGCAAAUUCAGGCAUCACAAGUGGAUAAUCCAUUGAAAACAGCAGUGGCACGGGUGGAAGUGGAGAUAUUGGAUCUCAAUGACAACCUGCCAGAAUUUGAGGUGGACUUCUAUAACAUCAGCAUUGUUGAGAAUUUGCCUAACGGUUUUAGUGUAUUGCAAGUGAUGGCGACGGAUAAAGAUCAAGGGGAUAACGGAGAGUUUACCUAUCAACUGAACGAUCCCAUUGGCGCCUUCUCCAUCGACCCUAGAACUGGCUGGCUUACUGUUGGGAAUCAAACUGAAUUGGACAGGGAGCAGCAUUCAUCUCUGCGAAUGAAAGUAUACGCGAAAGAAAAGAAUCCAAGUAUUGUAGGCACAUUCCUAGAUAAACAAAGGCUUUCAAAAUGGCAUCGUAACCCCACAGUCCGAACACCAGCUAAAGACAAAACAACAUACGUGUUCCCUGAUAAAUUAGGGACUAAUAGCGAGAAUAUUGAGUUCAUGGAAGAAACACAUCAACUUAUGUCGUUCGUUACAGUAGAAGUCACGUUACUCGAUGCUAAUGAUAACAAUCCAGUGUUCAUACCAAGUAACUUAUACGAAUUCUCAGUCCCAUUUGAUGCAGAUAUUGGUACAGAAAUCGGUAAAGUAAAAGCUGUUGAUCCAGAUUUAGGGAGAAACGGGAUAGUGCUAUAUGAUUUACAAAGAACGAGUAACUUAACGAUCACAUCGCCGUUCCAAGUCGAUGCUAAGUCUGGAGUGAUAACUUUGGUAGAGUCGCGCUUAUUGGAAGGAAGGCAUGCUCUUUUUAUUGAAGCAUCCGAUCAACCUGCUAAUCCUAGUGAGAGACGAUAUUCUUUGGCAGUUGUAACUAUCGAUGUCAUCGGAAGUCAUGAAGGUUCAAAAUCAGACAAACCUGACUUCAUAGGUGCACCCUAUGAAUUUUGGGUUGGAUCUAACGUUGGCAUUGGAACAAGUGUCGGUCAAAUAAAAGUUAAUGAUGCUUCUGAAAAAAGCGAUGUUACUUACGAUUUGUUGCAUGGAUACGAAGAAGGAGUGCCUUUUGCAGUAGAGGAAAGAUCAGGUGUAAUCACAGUUAUAAACGAACUUUCAAAGUUUGAAAGACCUCUGUAUGACUUUGAAGCUGUAGCUAUUUUAGAGAAAUUGAACAUAACAAUAACAACAAAUGCAACUGUCCACGUAGUUGAUGUUAACGACGAGAGAGGUGUUUUUUUGAAGGGGACGCAUUCGCCGUUUGUGUUUCACGUCAAGGAAAAUGUAGCGGGGGCUACGAUUGGACACAUUUUUCCCGUCAAUGUUAGUUCUUUUGCAGCUAAUAAUGGAAACAUCAAAUUCAUAAUUGCAAACCAACAAGACGUUGCUGAUGAAAUUGCUAUAGGACCAGAUGGAACUAUUUAUGCUCAGCAAGCAUUGGAUAGAGAAAAAAGGGAUACAUACAGAAUGACAGUAAUUGCAGAAUUCAAUAAAGGAGUUAUCUCAGGAGCUGGGUUAUACCAAAUUACAAUCCACGUAGAUGAUGAAAACGAUAACCCGCCUAUUUUUGAUAUGUUGUCUUAUGAAGGUUUUAUUACUGAAAAUGUGAAAACUGGAACAGAAGUCACAAUGUCAAAUAAAAUACGAGCUAAAGAUGCAGAUACGGACCAAAAUGCUGUAUUUAUGUAUACCAUUUUUGGCGAUGGACAUGAUUUAUUUAGCAUUAACGAAGACACGGGAGUAGUAUCAUAUAUCGGUAAUAAAUUAGAUAGAGAGGAGAAGAGUGUCUAUUUAUUAAAAAUUGUGGCAAGAGAUAAAGGCAGUUUAAAAUCAGAAGCAAAAUUGACCAUAACAGUAUUAGAUGAAAAUGAUAAUGCGCCUAAAUUCAAUCAAAUAAUAAUUCCAUUAGGAGAACCAGUAGAUUUAUUAGAAGUAGAUGAAAGUGCUUGUAUUCAAAUUUACAAAGAAAUAAUAAAUAACAUAACGAAUAAAGUAGCCAAAAUUGAAGCAAUACCAAAGAAAACAUUUCCUAUAACAGCAGAUUCGCCACUUUUUUUAAUGCCAGAAAAUAUUGCAAUAGGAACGAUAGUACUAAAGUUGAAUGCUGUAGAUAUGGAUAGUGGCAUAAACGGACAGAUAAGAUAUGAAUUUACUUCAGAGGUAUUUCUACCUCCAUAUGCAUUACCUCCAAACUUAUUACAAGUUAAACGAUAUUUCGUAAUAAAUGAACGAUACGGUCAUAUUAUUGUUGCAAGAGCUUUACCACCAGAAUCAGAGUUUCGAUUAAAUGUAACUGCUUUGGAUGGUGGAGAAUUAAGUGAUCAAAUAACUGUAAGAUUUUUUGUUAAAGAUGUUAAUGAUCAUUUUCCUAUGUUCAAGAAAUCAUGGUACAAUUUUAACGUAGAAGAGGCUCAAUAUAGUAGACGAAUUUUAGGUAAAGUUGACGCAACAGAUGCCGAUUUUGGUCAAAAUGCUAAUCUGACAUACUUUAUCCAACCAUCAAGUAAAGACAUUCCAUUUGAAAUAUCCCCUUUGAGUGGUGUUUUUAGUGUAAACGGUGUUUUGGAUCGAGAAAAGGAAGACAAAUAUACCCUUACAGUAGUUGCGCGUGAUAAUGGAAAUGAUAAGAAAUUAUCUUCAUCCGUGAGCGUAGAAAUUCAAGUACUAGAUGUCAAUGAUAAUGCUCCAAAAUUUUUCGCUUAUGAUGAUUUGUUGGAAUGGAAACAUCCUGAAGCUGAUGAAAUUUCAAACCACAAUUUCGAAUCAGUUAUGAUGAUACCAGUAUAUAAGGCAUCUUUAGAGGAAAAUGCUCCUAUUGGUACUACAGUAACUAGAGUUUAUGCUAACGAUUCCGAUUUCGUAGGUAAUGGGAAUGGAUUAAUUCUUUACACUUUGCCACAAAGAAAAAAUCAACUUAAUAUGUUUACCAUUGAUUCUAAGGAAGGUAUACUGACCACCACAACAAGAUUAGACUAUGAAACUCAGAAAGUACAUAAUGUUACAGUUGUCGCUUCUGAUUUAGGAUCACCCAGUUUAAGUUCUACAGCCCUAGUUAUGUUAAGUUUAAUAGAUAUACCCGAUGAGAUUGAAGUUUCUGAUAAACCAGUAUUCAUAUCAAGAUAUUAUGAAUUAGAAAUCGAAGAAAACGUUCACACUCCUGUUGAACUAGUGACUGUGAACUUAACAGAGUAUUAUGAAAAUUUUAAAAUGAAAUAUUUUAUUCAUAAUGAAAACGACACAGACAUAAAGAAAACAUUUAUUAUAGAUCCUCGGAAUGGUACCUUAUACCUAAUUAAAAGCCCUGAUCGAGAAUAUAGGGAUGUUUAUGAUAUUAUAGUUAGAGUUGAAAGACAAAAGAUAAGUCGUGAGCUGCCUCAUAUGAUUUAUCCAGUUUCUGAUGAUGUUCUUGAAGGGAUGUCUAAGUUUGACGUUAAAGUAGUCGUAAGGAUUAAGGAUGUGAAUGAUAAUGCACCCAGAUUUGCCAACGGUGGACGACCCAUGGUUACAGCUAUACCUACCACUGCACCCUUCGGAUAUGAAGUUAUUCAAUUGCAGGCAACGGAUGCAGACAUAGGCAUCAAUGCAGACAUCCGCUACCAGCUCAUCAACUCAGAAGGUGGUCGGUUCACGGUAGAGCCGGUGUCAGGACGCGUGCGCGUGGCAGGCAGUGUAGCGCGCUCAGCGGGCCGCGUGCUGGGCUUCGAUGUCAAGGCCACCGACAGACGCGGCGCUGACGAUGGUCGGUCGGCCAUUGUUAAUGUUUUUGUGUACGUGUUGGAUGAGAACAAGCAGCUAGUGAUGGUGGUAGGCGCCAAGCCGAUGGAAGUGGAGAGGGAGAUGGAGAGCAUCGUGAGUCAUCUCUCCAACGUGACCGGUUUUGACGUCCGAGUGCGACGGCUAGAGUCCAGUGCCAAGGCUGCAAUGGAUGGAUACGCGACAGACAUGUACAUUUACGCUGUUGAUCCAAUAUCUAAUGCCAUAAUCGAUAUGGAGAUCCUACAAAAGUCGUUAAUGAAAAGAGAAACAUCUCUACGUCACAAUUUAGCCGGCUUCAAAGUGCUAGAAGUGGGUGAUACCACAAUGGUCCAGGCUAGGAGCGUGCAAAUGUUGAGCACGAUGGAAAUCAGCGUAGUGGCUUUGGGAUGCCUAGUGUUUAUCGGGGCUUGUACCACUGCUAUAUGCAUAUUGUGCUUUAGGAAGACGCGAAGAAAUCGCCACAAACCAUUUUCCCAACAACGUCUUAACGCUUUCUCAACUGAACACCUAACUAAAUACGGAGGUCUUUUCCCAUCUGGAAACAACCAGUGUCAAGAACUGAAUCAGUCUUAUAGCGAGGCAGAUUCUUACAUCGAUGUGAUGAACCAAAGUACCCUGAAGAAAACCUGUCCUCAUGGUAACACCGUGGAAGAAUUUGGAAAGGCUCACCAGAAAUGUAUCAAAGGACAGUUUGCUGACGUAAAUUCUAAAGAAAAACACGAGAGGAUUUGUAUCAAAUUCAAUCAGCGACCUUUACAGAAGAGGAAAGGCCAUGACACGUCGCUAACGUCAGUGCAUUCCAGCGGGCAGGACUCCGGCAUCGCCGACGCGCGUUGCGACUGCGUGCGCUCCAUCAACCACACUUCCGAAGAAAGCAGUGGAUGCAGCUACGAAGACUCCCUAAAAUCAAAUCAUAAUCAAGAGAGAAAACUAUUUCGCACUGAUCCUGGGAACAGAUUUAUUCGACGAGCAUCUUUCAACAACCAACCCCUUGACGUCCGAAGAUACAACCACCGGCGGCAAAGCUUCUCUGAAAACCUCCAAAGGCACUUUCCAACUUUCGAAAGAAUCGGUUCAGGGAAUGUAUCAAGACAAAUAUCGUCACCAAACGUAAGUUCACAGCCCUAUUUCUUAAAUUCUAAAAAGAAUUACAGAAAUGAAGUGGUCAAUGAACCGAUGGUGGACUAUGAUCACAGUGAAGUUGACGAUGUUUUUGAUACAAAUUUGGGCAGGAGGCUAAAUUCAAAAAAUAGAAAUAGUAGUAUGGUGGACUUAAAUCAAGCUGUGUUCAUGGCUACUCCGGCCACAGCUGAAAUUAUGCGUAGAGGAAGUGAAAGGAUUAUGUUUGCGAGACCUUUAUAGCAUAAGGAAGAUGGUACUACGUCUGACAUUAGUAUUAAAAAGUAUGAUAGAGGCUAUAGUUUUAUAGAUAGAGAAUUAACUGUACCUACUUGAAUUGGAGAGUGAUGGUAAUUAUUAGAUUGGGGCCAAAGUAUGACUGCUUGAUUCACAAUUAAAGUAUGCAAAUUAGCUUUAAAACUGGUGGAAACUUAAAGGGGUUCUCGCUUCAUCAUAAUAGGAGAGCAUGGCUGCAAAUCUCAGUAGAUACUAAUUAUGUUAUACAAAAAUCGGUCAAGUACGACUCGGCCUCGCACAUAAAGGGCUCCAUACCUUUGUACAACAAAUAGGACUUUUUAAUUUUUUCAUGGCAACCAUUUUGAAAUUUUUAUUAUGUGUUGUAGCGGCAAUAGAAAUACAUAUUCUGUGAAUUUCAAUUCUCUAUCUAUACGGUUACACGGACAGCGGAGGCUUAGUUAUUCGGGUACGGAACCCUAGAAACGAUAAGUUUAGAUAGUUUUUCCAUACGUGGUAUGCAUUAAUAAAAAAAUAACGUUUUGCUGGACCAAAUUGUAAAAGAAAAUUAGUUCAAUAUUGAUCUACCCUUAAAAAUUAAUUAUUACUAUAAUAAUUGAGUCUCUUAAAAUGAAAAUGUCCGAUUCCGAAGGCGAUGAGAACCAAAACACUGCGGUUAAUAAAGAAACGAAAUUGUUUCACUUGGGAAAUUGAUGGAGAAAUUACAAUUUCAUUCCAUACUUCAUUUCCUACGGCCGUAAAAUAAAAUUGUAUAUAGACUUUUUUCUAUUUAACCCUAUGAUUGUAAUUUUAUGUAAUUUUGAGAUUACUUUUUGUAAAUAACCUGAUAAAUGUAGUGUGUUAAUGUAUUUAUGUAAAUAUGCGUCAGCAAUUUUAAAAUAAUUGUAUGAUAAGAUAAUAAUAGGUAGAAAAUUAUGCUCUGAUUAAUAAUCAUGAGCUUGUAACAGCUGUAAUGUUAGGUUUAUUUAAAAAUUUGGAAAUUAUAACUUAAGUAAAAAUUAUGGAUUAAGUAUC